CAAAUGUGACCUUACACUGCAUUUCCUAAAUGCUGACUUCAAUUAUAAGACGUUUUAUUCCAAAAGGGAAUCCACAAAGAACAGUAUGGUGACAAAGUAAUCUUACUUAUCUUUUUAAAAAAUUCUUUAAAAAGAUGGUUGCACUUUUUUUUUUCAUUUUUCCUUAAGAGACUUUUGCCUGUUGUUGAGUCAUAGGGAUCAUGGCGAAUUAUUCUACGAUUUCCUACACUGUCACAGAGCUGCCUUGGAGUAUGACUGGGAACGUUUCCGAGGAUUAUUACGAAGACUACAGUGAUGAUGGAGGAUUGGUGUUAUUAUGUGAGGACUAUUCACCAGAAUUUGGAGGGACAUUUUCUUCGGUGUGUUACCUCUUGAUAUUUUGCUUCAGCCUAAUUGGAAACACUUUAGUUUUAUGCACUUUGAUAAAGUAUGAGAACCUGAAAAAGGUGACAAACAUUUUCAUUUUAAACCUGGCUGUCUCUGACUUGAUCUUUUCAUUUUCUCUUCCAUUUUGGGCUGUCUACCAUGUUCAUCACUGGGUCUUUGGAACAUUUAUGUGCCAGUUAUUGACUGGCGUUUUCUUCAUUGGGUUUUACAGCUGUAUGAUGUUUCUAAUGCUAAUGACAGUUGAUCGCUACUUGAUAGUGGUCCAUGCUACAACAGUAUCAUUAUCAAGGAGAACAUUCCGUGCUACAGUAGCGAGCGGCAUUAUCUGGACAAUAUGUAUUGGUGCAUCUCUGCCAGAAAGUAUUUUUACUGAAACAGCAGAAAGUGAAAAUGGUAUUUUGUGUCGCUCAGUUUUCAUUUCAAUUACUGUUGACUUGGUAGGCGUUUACAUACAAAUUAGCCUUUUCUUUUUAUUACCAUUUGUUGUGAUUGUGUAUUGCUACACCAGGAUGAUACAAACGAUUUUGAGCAGCAGAAUAAGAAAAAAGCAGAAAGCCGUCAAACUGAUAUUUACUCUCAUUACAGGAUUCUUUCUUUGCUGGGCUCCGUAUAAUGUAACUUUGUUCCUUUCUACUUUGCGAGAACUUAACAUUUCACCCCUGACACAGUGCGCUGCUGAACAAGCACUCAAUUAUGCGUUCUACGUUUGUCAUAAUAUUGCUUAUCUACAUUGUUGUCUAAAUCCUUUGUUUUAUGUCUUUGUUGGUGUCAAAUUCAGACAAUAUUUAGCCUCUAUGGUUUGUAAGGUAAAUGUACAGGAGAGAAUUAGAAGUCAGACCUUCAGCUCUUACAACAGUGCACCUAGAAUGUCUUCUAACCAGCCCGACACACCUGUAACUACUGUUUAGUCAGAAACGUGGAUUUACUUUGACAUGCCUUAGUAAGUGGUCCAUGCCAUGAAGACAUUGCUUUUCCUGUACACUGCUGUCUUUAUCUUGGACAACAUUUUGCUGGAAGCACAACACUGGCAUGUGUCUAUGGGAAGAAGAUGUGCAGACGGGCAAAAGGAACUGGAUUUCGUCUGCAAUGGGGGACUUGAUACAAGGAUUCCAAACCCUAAUGAAAAUGGACAACGUGAUGCUGGUGGAUUACUGCAUUGUACUGAAUUAUGAGGAAGCACAGUUUGCACAGAGAACAGGAGACACUUUACAUGCAAGGCGACUGGAACCAGGAACCAAGCCUGAUUUCCUGUGAAUCUUCAAACGAAUGCCAGAUGAGAUGCCAUCUAUAAGAAAUGGGUCAAAAGGCCUGUUCUUGUUUCUAACCUUUUCUGUUCUUGGGCUGACUUCCCUCUUCCUAUUUAAUGACUGGUUAUCCAUUUCACUUUUCUUGAACGCAUCAUUCAACAGUAUCUAGUGACCAUAUUCAGCGCCUGAAAAAAAAGAGAAGCUCUUUUCGGAGACAUGAAAUUUGGAUCAGAUUUUGUCAUUUUAGGAAGAACAUCGUAAAGUACUGUGCAAACUGAAGAAAACACAGCACACACAAAAACCUGCACACGUACCUGGUGAGAAUGUUACAUUUGUUAAAUUAUAUUUCAUAUGUUUUACAGCUGCCACAAGUGUGAUGUACAUCUUGUCUUACAAUUUCUAGACAAAUGUUGAGAUACACACCAAAGUACAGAACUUGAAUGAAUAAGAAAAGCUUUAGAAUUUUAGAAAAAAAUAUUCUUACCAUAUCUGAUCCUAAACAUAAAUACAUGUAUACUGUAUAUAAUAUCUGUGGAACACGUUUGAAAUAAAAGGCAUAAUGCUCAUGAUAGUAUCAUGGCUAGAGAAUACGCAAACAUUAUUUUCCAAAUUUAUUUUAGUAACUGUUUCAUCACAUGCAAAGGCAAAAAAACAAAGCACUGUAAACACUGCAAGCAGGUUGGCAGGCUCAUUAUUCCACACAAACAAAUAAGGUAAUAAAUGUUACUUUACAUUUUAUUUUACAUCAUAAAUGUUAGUAAUAAAGUACUUCUAAAAAUACAACUGUUCUUUUUUUAAGAAAAAUUUAUCAAUUUGUAAAUGAUUGUUUUCGCUGCCUUUGUGAAUGUAGAAGAAAUAAAUGAAAAUGCUAUUACGUGUAAUUAAAUAUAAAAGGUAAACAAGUUGUAGGGCAUCACAAAUAUGAGCACAUACCCAAUGUUCAACUUAUGUUCAACUUCAACAGUUACUACUUACUACUGAUAAAGUUUUAGGAAGUGUGCUUAAAACAUCAAGUGUGUCAAGAAUGAACAACGUUAUGUAUGGCUAAGUGAUCGAAAUCCGUUUUCUAUUUUGUGUGUGUCUCGAACGUAAAUAACAUCGGUUGAUUUUUUUUCUUAAUUUUCUAAAUAAACCUAUCCAAGUUUGUAA